AUGGAAUGGGGCUGUCCUUGCUGUGUCCCUUUGGAGUUUGAUUCGUACACUGACAACCAAGUGCUAUCUCGCCUCCGUCGAAGCUCCAAGGCAAGAGCCAAAUUGCAGGCUCAGAGAUGUGCUUCGACUAUUCCAAAUGAUGUCGAAGACGCUUCAGAGCAACCCGUUAAGGAAGCGCCGGGAAAUCGGCGAAAUGUGGUUGCUGUUGGCUUGAAUCGGUUUGAAGGAACCGGUGCUUUGCAGCCGCAGCCAGACUGGGAGCAGCUGACUGAGAGGGUCGCCUGCAUCCUGGCACAGAACCCAUCAUCUUUCACAUUGAACGGAACGAACUGCUACUUGGUGGGCACAGGCCGACGGCGCAUGCUGAUUGACACAGGAGAGCAGCACUUCGGUGCUGACGCCUUCAUGGAGAACUUAAGCAGAUGCCUUGCGGAGCUUGGAGUGGAGGGCUUGGAUGGAAUUGUAAUUACUCACAUGCAUCAUGAUCAUUAUGGCAAUGUGGGAAGACUGCAAGAGAAGUAUGGCCCUAUUCCCGUGUACUCGCGAGAGUUUUCCAGUGCGAGCUUUGCAUUGAUAGCAGAGCUCCAGAAGCGAGAUCAAUUGAAGUAUUUGCAAGGAUUUGAUGGCCGACCUCGAUACAAUCCACUCAAAGACCCUGCGCCCAAGACCUUGCCUGACACACUCGACUUGGAAUGGGCAAGAGACAGGGUGAAGUAUAGCCCAGGCAAGGAUGUGGGGGAGAAACUGCAGUGGCAGUUCUACUUCGUGUGGAAUUCCCAGGACUUGCUGGAUCGCCUUCGCAGUGGGGAGUAUCCCUGGCAAGCCUUAGACACAGGGGAUACCAUAUCCACAGAAGGCGCCACCUUGACCGCUCUGCAUAUGCCGGGACACUCAGAAGAUCAUAUGUGCUUCUUACUUGAGGAGGAGCACUCCCUCUUCUCAGGAGAUCAUGUCUUGGGCUGGGGCACGACUUUUGUGCUCUGCAUGAAGGACUACAUGGAGUCCUUGCGGAAGAUGCUGCAUAUGCACCCCGUAAGCCUCUACCCUGGUCAUGGCGCUUACAUCCAAGAUGGUGUUGAUAUCCUUCAGCGCUACAUCUCCCACAGGCAGAAGCGAGAAGAGCAAGCAUGGCAGGCUCUCGAAAAGCGUGCGGAGCCCGUUCAGAUUGAGGACAUUGUGCGUGAGCUUUACCCCAACACCAACAGAGAAAGGUUGUGGAUGGCUAAAAGCAACGUGGAGGUGCUUUUCAGGAAAUUCGUGGCCGAUGGAGCUGCCGCAGUGUGGAAACCUCAAAUUACCCACAUGGAGUCCUCGCAGCUGGUGCCCUGGUGA